CAUUCAUUAUAUGGCGUAUGUUAUAUCAUAUAACAUCUGAUGAUGUGUUUUGGACUGGUAUCGACACGUAUAUAAACAUACAAAAUACGACGUAUACUAAUAAUUUAUCUACCAUCACACCAUUUUGGAUCGCUAUGGAAAGUGCUCGAAAUGUAACAGAUAACUCUAACCUUAAUAUGAAGGAUGUAAUCGAUAUUUCAAUGGAAAGACUUUGUCCUGUAGUGAACGUGACGCAAACGACAGAUUUUGAUUUUAUUCACGUAACAGUUUUAUGUGCUAAUUCAUCUAUUUAUAAUAAAUUAUUUACUGACAUGAAACAAUAUCGACUACAUAUGACAUAUACGACGGAAUCAGUCAUGAACUUUGAUACAUCAGAUAACAAAAGUUAUUUUUGGCUACCUAUAAUAUCCAAUUAUACAUUCAAUUAUACAUUUGGUACAAUUGACUGGCAUGGCAAGAAUUGGAUCAUAUUCAAUUUACAACAAGCUGGGUACUAUCGUGUCAAUUAUGAUUUAAAAAACUGGGAAAACCUUGGAUAUUAUUUGUAUCAUAUAAAUCAUACCAAUAUACAUGUUCUCAAUCGAGCCCAAAUCGUGGAUGACGCGUUUUAUUUUUUGAUGCAAGGGCAACUGAAUUUUAACAUGUUUUGGCAUAUUACAAGCUUCCUAGUUAAAGAAAUAGAUUAUGUAGCAUGGUAUCCUAUGAUUAAAGCGGUCGAACACAUGACGUGUGUUUUCCCUGUUAAAGGCAUCGAUAGGAUAAAGAAUACAAUCUUAAAUAUGUUUGAAUUACUUCUGCGCAAUAUAAAAUAUCAUGACGAAAAUGACAAAAAUGAUUUUAUUAAAUAUCUAAGAGAAGAAGCGGUAAGAUGGUCAUGUAUUUUAGGUAAUUUGGACUGCCAAAAAACGGCCACUUUUGAAUUAAAAAAAGUUCUUGGAAGCUCUGUACGAAACGUACGUUUGUUACGGAAAGAUUGGGUAUAUUGUAAUGGUUUAAUGGGAGCAGACAACGCUACUUGGUUCGAAGUGUUUAAUAAAUGGAGCAAAACACAUGAUAAUACAGUUUUACAAUACUUAAUUUGUUCUCAAAAUUAUGAUAUUAUUUCCAAUUAUAUUCUUGACAUAUUGACAGACAAAUUUCCUGUAGGAAUAAAAAAGAAUGAGCGUAUUUAUAUACUCUUCCGUAUCUUCGCGAAACAUGCCAAAAAGGAUGAAAUACUCCAGUAUAUAUUCAGUUAUUUUAACCUGUUUAAACUCACUCCAAAAAAGGAAAUUAGCCAAAUUGCCACAUUAAUUGUUAUUAUAACUCAUGAGCAUAGUCCAAAUCAAUUGAGAAAGAUACGUAAUUUCAUAAUAUCAAAAAGUAGUUUUAAUGAAAUGCUACCAGUUCAAGAUGCAGUUGUACAAAAAAUAGAAAAACGAAAAUCGGAAUACAGUAAACAGAAUACAAUCUACGGGCAAAUGGAAGCAUUAAAUAAACGUAAGAGAAAGUAAUAGGCAAAUAAUUGAAUCCAUGGAAGACAAUAAUUUUACUUUCUGCUCAUAGGCAUUUAUAUAUUAAUAAUUUUUGU